AUGGCUCGCUCGUUCGGAGCAAACGGCACUAUUGUGCUUGCGAUCAUCUUCUUCGGAUGUCUAUUUGCGUUUUCCACGGCUAAAGAAGAGGCCACCAAGUUGGGAUCAGUGAUAGGGAUAGAUCUGGGCACAACAUACUCUUGUGUUGGUGUUUACAAGAACGGCCAUGUUGAGAUCAUUGCCAAUGACCAAGGAAACCGUAUUACACCUUCCUGGGUUGGUUUCACCGACUCCGAGAGGCUCAUUGGUGAGGCUGCUAAGAACCAGGCGGCUGUUAAUCCUGAGCGAACCAUCUUCGACGUCAAGAGAUUGAUCGGGAGAAAAUUCGAGGACAAAGAAGUCCAAAAGGACAGGAAGCUUGUACCUUACCAGAUUGUGAACAAGGAUGGCAAGCCAUACAUUCAAGUCAAGAUCAAGGAUGGUGAGACCAAGGUCUUCUCUCCUGAGGAGAUCAGUGCCAUGAUUCUUACCAAGAUGAAGGAGACUGCUGAAGCUUAUCUUGGAAAGAAAAUCAAGGACGCUGUUGUCACCGUUCCAGCUUACUUCAAUGAUGCCCAGAGGCAGGCGACAAAGGAUGCUGGUGUUAUUGCUGGUCUAAAUGUUGCUAGAAUCAUCAACGAACCCACUGCUGCUGCUAUUGCCUACGGUCUUGAUAAGAAGGGUGGUGAGAAGAACAUCCUCGUCUUUGACCUUGGUGGUGGUACCUUUGAUGUCAGUGUCUUGACCAUUGAUAAUGGAGUCUUUGAGGUUCUCUCCACAAACGGUGACACUCACUUGGGAGGUGAGGACUUCGACCACAGGGUCAUGGACUACUUUAUCAAGUUGAUCAAGAAGAAGCACCAAAAGGACAUCAGCAAGGACAACAAGGCUCUUGGCAAGCUCCGCAGGGAAUGUGAGAGGGCCAAGAGAGCUCUUAGUAGCCAGCACCAAGUCCGUGUGGAGAUCGAGUCCCUCUUUGAUGGCACUGAUUUCUCCGAGCCGCUCACCAGAGCUCGUUUCGAGGAGCUCAACAAUGACUUGUUCAGGAAGACCAUGGGACCCGUGAAGAAGGCCAUGGAUGAUGCUGGCCUACAGAAGAGCCAGAUCGAUGAGAUUGUCCUUGUCGGUGGGAGCACCAGGAUCCCCAAGGUUCAGCAGCUCUUGAAGGACUUCUUUGAGGGGAAAGAGCCGAACAAGGGUGUCAACCCCGACGAGGCUGUUGCUUACGGUGCCGCUGUCCAGGGUGGCAUUUUGAGCGGAGAAGGCGGUGACGAGACCAAAGACAUCCUUCUUCUUGACGUCGCGCCACUCACUUUGGGUAUUGAGACCGUCGGAGGAGUGAUGACAAAGCUGAUCCCGAGAAACACUGUUAUUCCGACCAAGAAAUCUCAGGUUUUCACGACUUACCAAGACCAGCAGACGACGGUCUCCAUUCAGGUCUUUGAAGGUGAGCGAAGUCUCACCAAGGACUGCAGGCUGCUCGGGAAAUUCGACCUUACCGGAAUCCCACCGGCCCCAAGAGGAACACCUCAAAUCGAGGUGACCUUUGAAGUGGACGCCAACGGUAUCCUGAACGUGAAAGCAGAGGACAAGGCGAGUGGUAAAUCAGAGAAGAUCACAAUCACAAACGAGAAGGGUCGUCUGAGCCAGGAAGAGAUUGACCGGAUGGUGAAAGAGGCAGAGGAGUUUGCAGAGGAAGACAAGAAGGUCAAGGAGAGGAUCGACGCAAGGAACAGCCUCGAGACGUACGUGUACAACAUGAAGAACCAAGUGAGCGACAAGGACAAGCUUGCUGACAAAUUGGAGGCGGACGAGAAGGACAAGAUCGAAGCUGCCACAAAAGAAGCCUUGGAGUGGCUUGACGAGAACCAAAACUCUGAGAAAGAGGAUUACGACGAGAAGUUGAAGGAAGUAGAGGCAGUGUGUAACCCAAUUAUCACAGCCGUUUAUCAGAGAUCCGGUGGUGCACCAGGUGCUGGUGGAGACUCGGCGACCGAGGAGGAAGAUGAGUCUCACGACGAGCUUUAA